UCGAAAGAAACAAGCAGGCCUCUCCUCUCUUUGCUUCCUGUUCACAAAAUGAUCCCAAAACAGAGCUAUUAAUGCCGUCUCCCGAGGGAACUCAACAACAACAAAACAGAGGAAGUUGCCUUGUGGCAUCAAGAAAAGCAGAACCAACUGCAAGAAGAGCCAAUAAGAGAGAUGGGGAAAGGGUGGAAAGUUGCUGCUGUUAUUGGGCUGACAGCAGUAAUAGCAAGAGAAAUGAACAAACAAUUCGGAUGGGACAAAGACGCAGCUCUUCAGCUAUUUGUUGAAUGGUCAAAUCGAUUAGGGGUAUGGGCGAUGCCUGUUUACGUUGGGAUUCACACAAUCACUCUCGCUUUCUGCUUGCCUUACGCUGUUUUCUUCGAGGCUGGUGCUUCUUUGUUAUUUGGGUUCUUGCCUGCUGUUUUAUGCGUCUUCUCUGCCAAGCUCUUAGGUGCCUCUCUUUCCUUCUGGAUCGGCAGGUUACUUUUCAGGAGUUCAAGUUCAGCAAUGGAGUGGGUGCAGAGUAACAAAUAUUUCCAUCUCCUUUCCAGAGGAGUUGAACGAGAUGGAUGGAAAUUUGUUCUUCUUGCACGCUUCUCACCCAUGCCCUCCUAUGUUAUAAACUAUGCUCUAGCUGCUACAAAAGUUGGGUUCAUGAUUGAUUUUCUACUCCCUACAGUUAUUGGCUGCCUCCCAAUGAUCCUACAGAAUACAUCCAUCGGUAGCCUUGCUGGUGCUGCUGUUGCUUCGGCAUCAGGCUCUAAAAAAUCUCAGGUUUGGUCUUACCUAUUUCCCGUACUUGGGAUAGUAUCAAGCAUCCUUAUUUCCUUGAGGAUCAAAAAGUACUCGACUGAUAUAACUAUGGUGGAAUCCUCUGCCAGUGAUUGUACUCCCGGCUCUUGUGAUGUUGAUUCGCAUCAGACCUUUUCUACUAGAAAAGGAAGUGAGGGCCUGAGGAAAAGUCAAUAAAGGACUCUGAUAUUGCCUGUUUACUUGAUCAGUACUUAUCCUCUUUGAUAGCAAUGAUUUAGAAUAUCUGAUCCAUUUUGGUUGCAUUCGAAUACUGCUGAUUCAUCCCAUUCUUUCUCUUGAAACAUGGAUAUGUUAUGUCAGAAACUGGACAAAUGUAUGAUUCAGUUGUCUUUAGAAAAUAGAUAGCUUAAACUCAGCAAUUAACUAAUCAGUACGCAGUACAUUUUGGCCAUUUCUUGAUGCAUCAUGUCAUAUUUCCCCAGUCCAUGGAUUUGAAUAUUGUUUUCUAAUUUUCUGUGGAGAAAAAAAUGCUGUUGAUACACGUACUGUACUUUGCCUGACUUGUUUUUAUGAAGUCACCUUGCGGUGGAAUAUUGUGAUUCUGCUGUAUUCAUAAUCUAUUACUGUGAUAAAAUUCCCUGCUGUGAAGUUUAA